UUUUGCUCUAAACAGACACAAAUGACCCUGCGUCCGUCGGUAGACACAGGGCGGUAGCUUUUGCACAACACAUUGAGUGCUAGCUAGCUAGCUAGCUAGGUAGGUAGAUUGCUAACCUUAGCUGUGAGACCUAGCUAGCAUCCAAUAUCUGGUAGAAAACUAUUUUCUCAUUAUUUGACAUUAUCGUUGACAUGUCGGCCUUUUCAGAGGCAGCUUUGGAAAAGAAACUAUCGGAGCUUAGCAAUUCCCAACAAAGUGUCCAGACUCUGUCACUGUGGCUUAUCCAUCAUAGAAAACACUCGAAGACCAUCGUCAACGUUUGGUUCAACGAAUUGAAAAAAGCCAAGGUAUCCAGGAAGCUCACCUUCCUCUACCUCGCCAACGACGUCAUCCAGAACAGCAAGAAGAAAGGACCUGAGUUCACCCAGGACUUUGCUCCUGUCAUUGUUGAUGCCUUCAAACAUGUGUCCAGGGAAGGAGAGGACCCCUGUAAGAAACAGCUGGGCCGGGUUCUGUCCAUCUGGCAGGAGAGGGCUGUGUAUGAGAACAACCUGCUGGACCAGCUCUCACACGUCCUGCUGGGAGAGAAGAAGGCCAAGAAGAGGCCGUAUGAGGAGAUUCAACUGGACGACCAGGACUUGGCCUCCCAAAGCUCCCCCGCAGAGCCCCCACAGACGGCAGAGUUAAUCCGGGCCCUGCAGGAGCUUGAGAAUGCAGCCUCUGGGGACUCAGCACUGCGCCAGCGAAUCUCCUCCUUGCCUGCUGAGGUGCAGGACACGUCACUGCUGCACAGGAUCACAGAUAAAGAGCAGGGUGAGCGCCUGUCCAGACUGGUGGAGGAGGCGUGCAUGCUGCUGGCGGACUUCAGCGGCCGUUUGGCGGCGGAGAUCGACGACCGGCGGCAGCUUACGCGGACGCUCACCCUGUUUCUACACAGCCAGAGGGACGGCCUGGCCCAGAACGAGCAGAAACUAGAAGAGUACAAGCGCAAGCUGGCGCGGGUGACCCAGGUACGGAAGGAUCUGCGUUCUCAUCUCAGCAACCUACCAGACCUCUCUGUGCUCCCUAGUGUGACCGGUGGACAUUUGCACCUGCCCUCGUCCGGCGUCGAGCUUUAUGACCCCACAGCCUGACAGCUCACCUGUGUUUCCCAUCUCUGUCCGACCAUCCACCCUCUGAUUGACACAUCUCUCGCCCUAUCAUUUAAUAUGUGGACAUCACUUCACUUCGUGGACAUCAGAGUCACUUAGUAACCUUUGACUGACGUAUCUCCCAACCUAUCAUUGGCCAUAUGCAUCUUGCCAUUGCGCUACUGUUUGACUGCUCUCUCAUCCAAUCUUUCCCCAUGUAGUCCUGUUUAUCAAAUUUCUCUCUUACCCAUCAUCAUGUAACCCUCCCUUUGGAACAGUAUAUCUCCCUCCUAUUCGCCAAGGAUCCCUCCUAUUCUCUUCACAAUAGAUCACUCCUAUUGGUACAGUAUUCGGAAAGUAUUCAGACCCCUUGACAUUCUAAAAUUGAUUAAAUUGUUUUUUACCCUCAUCAAUCUACACACAAUAGCCCAUAAUGACAAAGCAAAA